GAUGCCAACACAGGAGCAGUAUAGAUAAGCCAGCAACCAAUGAGAAACUCUGUAUCAUCAACAGAUUCUGUAAAAAUAGUGAUCAACGUUCAAAGUUACUGGAUAUAUUUCCGUCCAUGUCUUCUAGAAGAAUGUUCUCAGGAUGUAGAUCCUUCGUGUGCUACUUGAAGGUCGCGGUGGUUGUAAUGUCCACUGCUGUUGUCUUGUCCACCAUUGAGUUCAUCAACACCACCUUCCACAGACGACCCACCAGUUCUGUUAUAUCCAGGUCCUGUCACGCUCGAACUCCCUAUCUCGUAGAUACUACCGCCUGUAAAAUCCCUAACAUCGACCCCUUUGAUCUCUCGGUAGCUCACUACAUAAAACCCCAGCAAGCCCCGAUUUUGUGUAACAAAAGACCCUCUCUCACGUUCGAAAACGGAACCAAGCUUCACAUCAACUGGACGGCCGUUAGCCAAUCAAGAUGGAGCGAAGAAUUUGGUUACUGCAAAUACCAGCCUAUCUACAGACCCCCAGAUAACGAUGAUAAUAAUUAUUUUACAUACUUAGAAAUAAGUGAUGAAUUCAAUGGCACGAUUGAAAUGAAGCACGAAUUUAUUAGAGUGACAUGUUAUAACCGGAACCAUGGAAAACUUUACACCAAUUUUCAUCAAUUCAUUUUGCCGAAAAAAGAUGUAAACGAAAGGCGUUCCCUCGCUUUUGUUAAACAUAAAAAUAGUCCCUACGUAAAAGAGACGCUAAACGUGGUCAUGAUUGGCGUGGACUCGAUCUCAAGGCUGAAUUCUCAAAGAUAUCUAAAACGCAUGCGUGCAUAUUUACUGGAAGAACUUGGUGCUUUUGAAAUGACAGGCUACAAUAAAGUGGCGGACAACACGUUUGUAAACAUUGUCCCCAUGACAUUGGGGAAGUUUUUGGAAGAGGUGCCGUGGAACGAAAGCAUGAAUAAAAUUCCAUUUGACGACUACGAUUUUAUCUGGAAACAAUUUUCUGCUAAAGGAUAUCGAACUCUUUACGCAGAGGAUGCGCCCGAGAUCGCCAUCUUUGAUUAUUUAAAAUCCGGUUUUCACCGGUCUCCGGCAGAUUACUUCAAUCGACACUUCUCAUUGGCCAUGACGACGGACAAACGCGUCUGGUACGACAACCACAACUGCGUGACGGACCGGCUGGAGACCGAUAUCAUCCUCAGCUACAUCUAUGACUUUGUUGAUAUGUAUAAAUAUGUGCCCCAUUUUGCAUUCUCCUUCAUCACCGGUUUAACUCACGACUUUCUUAACAGCGCCGGGUAUGCGGAUCUGCCAUAUUUAACUUUUCUCCAGAGACUGCGGGAAAACGAACAGCUGAACAACACAGUACUGAUUUUAUACAGUGACCACGGAAUGCGAUUUGGGAAAAUGCGGGAAUCAUACAUUGGGAAAAUGGAAGAACGACUGCCUUUCCUCUUCUUCGUUUUCCCACAAUGGUUUCUCGCAAAAUAUCCUGUAUAUGCCGACAACCUGAGAACAAAUUCCCACAGACUGACAACACCAUUUGACAUUUAUGAGACUCUUUCAGAUAUUCUCCAUUUCAACGAAUCUUUAUUGUUUAGAAAGGGAUUUAAGAAUCGAGGAAUCAGUUUAUUCAGAGAAAUACCGGAGGACAGAGGAUGCGAGGACGCUGGUAUACUUCCACAUUGGUGCACAUGCGCAGAAUUUCAAAACUUAUCUCCAAGAAACGAAAUUGUGCGAAAGGUAGCAAAUUAUAUGAUCAAAGAAAUAAACAAUCAGCUUGAGGAAGUAUCGGAGAAAUGUGCACAUCUGAAAGUACACAAAAUCAAGACUGCCAUCAAAUUACUUCCGUCUGAAAAAAUCUUACGGUUUGAAGAGAGUAAAAAUGACGUCAUCAAUAGGUUUGUGAAGUACGGAAACCGUUCAAAGGCGCGCGUGAACUAUCAGCUGACAUUUAGCACGGUCCCGGGCAACGCCCUGUUUGAGGCUACGAUGCAGUUCGAUGAAGUUGAUUAUUCUUAUAAGAUGAUAAGCGACAUCAGUAGAAUCAACGAAUAUGGAAAGCAAUCUACUUGUAUUGACAUCCACAAAUUAAGGAAGUUCUGUUUCUGUAAAUCUUGAAAUGAAUCGACCAGUAAAUAUUUAUUGUAAUUUAAUGUCAGGUGUACUUGUAUUAUCCAAUCAGGACGAUGCUACACGUUCUGUAAGAAUAUGAACUCGUUUAUUCUUAUAUCUAGAAUACCACACUAUUACCUAAACAAGCGCUACAAAAUCAGUGCCCGUUCUGUUUAAUAGUAAAUUUUGUUUAAUCUUCA